AGAUUUGAUUUAUUCACACCUGAUUCAAUAGAUUCUUGGUUUUCAUCGUUUAAUUCACUUGUCGAUUUAUCCUUCCAUAAGAAUUUUUUUAUUUCAAACGAACACUCUUGAUGUUCAAAUAAUAUUUUUCGUGUUUAGCUGAAAUGAUGAUUAUAAAGCCAAAAUUACAAACAUAGUCAAUAUGAAUACAGCAAAUGUGACGGCGAAUAAUAUCGUCAAUGUUGCGGCUACUGCAACGCAACCACCACCAACAGCUAAUAUAACGACGAUAAAAACGCAUCAACAACCUACCGCAAUUUUACAUCAACCAAGUACUAUUUCAAUACCAGCGACAAUUAUAACAGCUACUUCAAAUGAGACAAGACUCAAUAAAUCAUCAACAGCGAAUCAAACACCACCACCGACUCAACAACCAACAUCCGUAACAUCCACUUCAAAUCAUUCAAUUCAGAAUCAUGAACCUCAAUCUUUGGUGCAGCAUUCAUCCCCCGCAACCGCAACAUUUACGAUUCAUGCUUCUACUGGUGUGACACAAACAUUGCAAACAAUACCGAAUAAUUUAGUGGUUACUAGUGCUGCCAAUGUCGUUGGUACAGCUGGACAACAACAACAAGCUCAAAUUCAAACAGUGAAUGCUGUAGCAAAUACGACUUCGAUAAUCCAUCCGGUGACAAUCACAGGUAUUACUACUACAGGUUCAUCAUCGGUAGUUUGUACAGCGACCAUUUUACCUACUGGAGCGACUGUUAGCACUGCUGGCGGCCAUCCACAAGUUACCGCCAUUCCUGUUGGACCUAAUACUGUUCUUAAAGCUCAACCAACGAUGACAACAUUACCUAUUGGACAAAGAUUUCAAGCGACUAAUGUAGCCAUUGGCACUUCCAAUGUUCCAUCAUCACAACCAACUGGCACACCCAUUAAUGCUUUAUUCAUUCAUCAAGAUCCAAUCGCUUCGCAGAAAAAUCUAUCAAACAGUGUUGCUCAUGCGACAAUGGCAACAACAUCGAAUCAUCCCCAUCAGCAAUCGCAUGCAUCCAUUCAACAGAAUUCGACAACUACAGCGACCGUAAUAAAUACAAGUAAUGUUUCAGUGGCCGGUGUACCUGGUACAACAACGGUUACUUUACAACCAAUUUCAUCACAUUCUAACAGUCAGCAACAUCACGCGCCUAUAUUCGUCCAAACUGGUCCUAAUACUAAUUCGAAUACAGCCACGCCGAAUAGUGCCAUUUUUCAUCAAAUAGGUCACCAUCAUCCAAAUUCGUCAUCACAACCGACACCAUCGUCUCAACUGCAACAACAACAACCAACCAAUCUAUCGACGAUUAAUUUAUCUACCUCUUCAGUGCAACAGCAGCAAUCGGCACCAACGCCAUCCCAAUCGGCACCACAACAACAAUUUCAAAGAUUGAAAGUUGAAGAUGCACUUUCCUAUUUGGAUCAAGUAAAAUUCAAAUUCAAUGAUAGGCCGCAAGUGUAUAAUGAUUUUUUGGACAUAAUGAAAGAAUUUAAAUCACAAUCUAUCGAUACUCCGGGUGUUAUACAACGUGUUUCAAACCUGUUUAAGGGUCAUCCAGAAUUGAUUGUCGGAUUCAAUACAUUUUUACCCCCAGGAUACAAAAUUGAAAUACAUUCGAAUGAUCAGGUGAAUGUAUCAAUGCCAAAUUCAACAAAUGUUGUUUUGAUGCCAAACACCCCAUUAACACCAUCGACGCAUCAAAAACAAUCUAUAUCAGCUGUUACAGCUCCUGCUGGUCAUGCGAUUGUUGCUUCAAGCCAAAACAUUCAUCAGAUUCCGAGCAAUUUAGUUAGAAGUCCUUCCUUAACAUCUUCAAACCAAAGUCUCCAUCAUGGUGGUCCUCCGAGUCAUCAUUCACAUCACACUUUUGGUAAUUCUAUUUCACCGCGCAAUGAAACAACGAACUUAUCGUUAGCAUCGACAUCUUUACCGCAUUCAACAACUCAGAAUUGUCCUUCGUUCAACCAAAAUCGUAUUGAAACGACAUCAAAUCACAAUCAUCGAUCUUCUUCUGGGCAUAUUGAUUCAAAUUCUAGGGCUCAGGCAACGACAAUACAUCAUCAUCUUGUUAAUGCAAGCCAACAAAAUGCCGCUAAUGUGCCUGGAAGUGGACCAGUUGAAUUCAAUCAUGCCAUAAAUUAUGUCAAUAAGAUUAAAAAUCGUUUUCUUGAUCAACCAGAAAUAUACAAACAAUUUUUAGAUAUAUUACAAAGCUAUCAAAAAGAACAGGAUAAUUCAGGGCAAAAAAUUCUCACAGAAUCGGAAGUAUUCAGUAAAGUUUCGAAAUUGUUCGAAAAUCAACCAGAUUUAUUGCAAGAAUUCAGUCAAUUUUUGCCUGAUGCUCACAAUUCAAGCGGUGUUAUUGCUGGUGGUGUUGUUACACAUACGUUGCAUCCAAAUCAAGCUACAAACGCCACUUCUCAUCAUCAUCAUCAUAUGAACAAUAGUAAUAAUUUAAUUAAUUCUUCACCAUCAUAUAGCAUUCAAAAUUCAGCAAAUCCGACCACAUCAUCAUUGAAUCAAUAUGGCCACCAUCAUCAAGCUAAUCUAGAGCUUAGUAGCUCAAAUUAUACCCAUCAACCACCUAGCCAAACUGUUCCUAUAAGUCAUGAACAACAUAAUUCAAUGUCCAUAAAAAAGACUAUCAGCGUGAUCAAUACGAAUUCGGUUAUUCCAAAUCGAACUUCGAUUGCAAAUUCAAACACCCCGAAUGCAUUUCCAAAUGCAUUUCAUCGUACGCCUAAACGCUCAAUAUCAAACAAUCAAAUCGAACAAUCGAAUUCUCCACAUGUUUCGUUGAAGCGUUCCAAAUUGGUACCAUUUCGUGAAACAGCUACUCCUGAAGCUGGAAAAUAUAUGGGAGACCUUGUUGAAUAUGCUUUUUUUGAUAAGUUACGAUUGGCAAUGAAUUCCCCAUAUAACUAUGAAACAUUCUUACGUUGUUUGAUUUUGUUCAACAAUGAAAUUGUCAAUCGUUCUGAGCUUGCCCAACUUGUUCAUCCAUUGUUUUUACAAUGUCCGGAUUUAUAUAAACGUUUCAAAGAAAUGUUGAACAUUAAAGAAGGAAGUUUAUCAAUGAAUUCGGCCAAUCUUACGAACCACAAUCUCUACUAUAAUUUGUACAACAAUCCAUAUAUGAAUAGUUUGAGUAAUUCAUCAUAUCAUACAAAUUCGUAUGCUAAUAGUAGUAUAGGUCAUCUGGAGGGUCUCAGCAAUCGUAUUGCAUCAUUUCGUGAUCGUCGCGAUAAUGAAUUUGCUGAGGUGGAUUUCGCCUCAUGUAAACGUUAUGGUGUAUCGUAUAGAACCAUACCAAAGUCUAGUGCUAAACAAGAAUGUUCAGGUCGUACACCACUUUGUCGUGAAGUGUUGAACGAUACUUUAGCAUCAUUUCCGUCAUGGUCUGAAGAUUCGACAUUCGUGUCCUCACGAAAAACUCAAUAUGAAGAAUAUGUUUAUCGUUGUGAAGAUGAGCGAUAUGAACUUGAUCUCAUUAUCGAAACAAAUCUUUCUACCAUCAGAGUUCUAGAAUCCGUUCAAAGGAAAAUGGAAGCCAUGACUUCAGAAGAAAAAAGUAAUUUCAAACUUGAUGAUACUUUGGGUGGAAGUUCGCAUGUCAUUCACAUAAAUUCCAUACGUCGAAUUUAUGGAGAAAAUUCCGUUAACGUCAUUGAAGGAAUCAAAAAUUCUCCUGCAAAUGUCAUACCAUUAGUUUUACGGCGUCUUAUUUCAAAAGAUGAAGAAUGGAGAGACGCGCAAAAACAAUUCAAUCGAAAUUGGCGGGAACAAAAUGAGAAAUAUUAUUUAAAAUCACUAGAUCAUCAAGGAAUAAGCUUUAAACAGAAUGAUAUCAAAUUUUUACGAUCGAAAUCCCUAUUGACCGAAAUUGAAAAUAUUGCAGAGGAACGAAGUGAACAAAAUGAACAACAAUCCUCUCAAUGGCCAUCGCAACAUUCGAAUGGCAACGACAAUGUGAAUGAUACAUGUCAAUCAGAUGAUCGAAAAUCCGAAACGCUGCAAAUGCCACACAUGAUUUUUGCUUAUCCUGAUAAGUCGAUGAUAGAUGUCGCUUGUAAUCUUAUCAUCCAUCAUGUAAAACGACAAACUUCUAUCCAUAAGGAAGAUAAGCGUAAAAUUAAACAAUUGAUGAGGCAUUUUAUACCAGACUUAUUUGCUACACCACGUGGUGAACUGUCCGAUGAUGAAAUCGAAGAUGAACCCAAAAAUGAAAAAGCUAAAACUCUUGAACACAUUAAAUUGGAAAAAUACAAUGACCCCAACAAGAAUGAAAAAACUGAAAUCAAGCCACAGCCAAUGUUGAAUUCUAAUCCGGAUGAAGAAUAUUCGCUAUUUUUUGUCAACAAUUUUUGGUAUUUGUUUUUCCGAUUACAUAACAUUCUCUGUGAACGAUUGAGCAAGAUGCAUAAGCGUGCUCAACAAAUUGCCGCUGACGAAGUCAAAGAAAAUCAAAAUCGUAAUUUAUCACCAUCUUCAUUACUUCGAUUACGAAAUAAUCCAGAUGUCAAAGUUGAAAAUUAUUUUUCCACUUUAGUCGAUAUGAUCAAACAAGUGCUUGAUGGAAAUCUUGAUUCAACCCAAUAUGAAGAUAACCUACGAGAAAUGUUCAGUAUUCAUGCUUACAUUGCCUUUACUUUAGACAAAGUUGUACAAAACAUUGUCCGUCAGCUUCAACAUAUCGUCGUUGAUGAAUGCAGUCAACAGUGUACAGAAUUAUAUCUUGAAGCCGGUAAAUCGGGAUCAGCUGGUGGAUUAUGUAAUACUGCUCAACAAAGAGCUGAAGCGGAAUAUUCAUAUCAGAAAAAUAUCGAACAAAUAAUUCCCGAUGAUAAUCGAUAUAAAAUUGUUAUAUACAAAGGUGAAGGUAAAAUUACGAUCGAUUUAUUGGAAUCAAACGAUGAUGACGAUGAAGAUUCAACAAAUGAUGGUGAUGACGAUUCAAAUAUACCUCAAUCGUCGCGUACAUUACGAUCAACGACUAAAAACAUGUCUGCUAAAGAAAGAGAGAAGUGUCUAAUGAAUGAACAAAAAGUGAAUGAACUGGUCGCAGAAAAAUUUCUCGCAAAUCCUCCUUUUCUAAAGAAAUAUGUUCGUAAACAUAAGGGAUCAUUCGACCCUAUCGCCCAAAUGAAUAGUGAUUCGAACGAAGCUGGACAACAAUCUCCAAGACCAAAUGAAGAAACUAAUUCUACUAGCAACAGUUCUGAAAAAGAAUCCAAUAAUCUUCCGAACAGUACUAAUGAUGAAAAAAUUACGAAUAAAGAAACGGCAUCGGACAUUAACCAACCAGCCAUUACCAAAGGCGAUAGUGAAAAUCGUUCUUCUUCGGCUAAUGCUGCCACUAAUAAUGAUAAAAAUAAGACGAAGGAUACAACUGAUGCUAAUAAUGAAUGUGAAUUUGACAUUCAUCGUUUCAAAUCAUUAAUAUUCGUUCAAAAUGAAACGGUUCUAUACCGGAAAAAUAUCGAUAAACCAAGAAUGAGUCAUAAGAAGAUAUCUCAGUCGAAAUUUAAACGAUUCAAUAAGUGGUAUUCAGAUUGGGUCGAUGCCAAUUGUACCGAAAGUAAUAAAUGCAGAUAUGAAAAAUGGUUACUCGAACAGGACACAACUGGUUUCCGGUUGAAUCAAUCGGAAAACAACGAUGAUCGGCCGAUAAUUGAAAAAUCUGUUGAUAUAAAAUCGGAAAAUGAACUGAACAAUGAUGAUGUAAAUGAAAAUUCUAAAAAUGAUGAAAAAUUGAAAACGGAAAUAUCGCUUAAAGUUUCCGAACAAACGACACCAUCAUUAUCAUCAAUUGAACAACAACAAGCAUCAACAAAUACUAUAACAACAACAAAUGUAGAUUCAAAUGUUGAUUUAGUUGAAAAAUCUGCCGAUAAAGAUUCAAUUACCGGUACUAGAUCCGAAUCAAAGAAAAUAAUACAAAAAGUCAAAUUUGAUUCUGAAUCAGUGAUACCAUAUCGUACAUAUUAUAAAUAUCUAUUUAAAUCUUAAAAAAUUUCCCUUUCACAAUCAUUCAUAAAAAAAUUAUCAUCAUUAAAACUGAAACGAAAAUAUAAUAUAUAACUUUUCAUCAUACUAAGAAAAACGAAUCUAUUUGAACUGAUUAUGUAAUAAUUUUUUUAUACAUAAAUAUUUAUUUUUCAAGAAAAAUAUUUUGGAACAAUAGGCCUCAUCAUUUUU